AUGCUUCCUUUAACCUUAUUAAAUGCGGCUCAAGGUAGGCCUAUACUUGUAGAGCUAAAAAACGGCGAAACCUUCAAUGGCCAUCUCGAAAAAUGUGAUACAUAUAUGAACCUGACUCUACACGAGGUUAUACGGACUAUGCCUGAUGGUGAUAGAUUCUUUCGACUUCCUGAAUGCUAUAUCCGUGGAAAUAACAUUAAAUACUUACGAAUUCAAGACGAGGUUUUGGAGCAAGUUGGAAAACAACAAGCACAGCAACGUGAAACUCGUGGAUCGAGAUUCCGUGGCCGUGGACAACGCGGCCGUGGAGGUUAUGGAAACAUGAAUCCUUCAAAUCGUCGCGGACGUGGACGAGGAGGGCAUUAUUGA